GCAGAAUGAACUCCCCAUAUGCUACAAUUGUUGACAACCCGGACUUCCAUCCGGCUUUGUAUGCUGAGAAAGUUGACCGUGCUUUGAGAGCUAGUGACAAGGAUACCAUUGUCAAGGUGUUGACCUCGAUCAGCAACGAUCAGCGUCAAAAGAUGCGCGAACCUUACAAGAUCAAGUACGGUAAGGACAUCAUCUCAGCACUCGACAAAAAGUUGGGUGGAGAUCUCGAAAAGACUGUGUUCGCUCUCAUGGACACUCCUCUGGAUUAUGAUGUCAAGCAACUGAAACAAGCUAUCAAGGGCCUUGGCACCGAUGAAGCUACUUUGAUUGAGAUUCUCUGCUCUCGCACCACUGACCAAAUGGCUGCGAUUCGAACUGAAUAUGAGAGACUGUACAAGACACCAUUGGAGAAGGAUGUGGCGGGUGACACAUCUGGCGAGUUCAAGGAUGUUUUGGUUGCUCUAAUCACAGGAAUGAAGGACAGCAGUCGCAGCACCGAUGAUAACCAGGCCAAAGAUGAUGCCGUUCGACUUUUUGCUGACGGUAAGGCCAAGUUGGUUGGCAAGGGUGCACCAUCACACUUUUUGAACAUUCUUGUCUCUCAGAAUCAGCAUCAGCUAAGAAAGGUAUUUGACAACUUCGCUAAUCUCUCCGGGAACACCAUCGAGAAGGCGAUCGAGAAGGAAUUUAGUGGUGACUUGCAAAAGAGCUAUCUCACCAUCGUGAAAGCAUCUACUGACAAGCAAAAGUUUUUCGCUGAACAACUUCAUAAUGCCAUGAAGGGCUUGGGAACUCGCGACAAUGACCUGAUCCGUGUGUUGGUCACUCGCUCAGAAGUUGAUCUCGAUCUUAUCAAGAAGGAGUACGAGGCAAUGUAUAACAAGCCGCUUGUUGACGCUAUCAAGAGCGAAACCUCUGGUCCGUACCGUGAUGCACUGCUUGCACUUGUAACUGGAAAUCGUCUACAGUAUCCAUAGAGUUAAUCAACAUCAUUUUAUUGCAUUUCCUACUUAUCCCUAUCAAGUUGUUACUUUUUUUUCGCUUUUGUCAUAUUAUUUAACUAUUUACUUCCCAUAAAAUGCUAAUCUGUU